AAGCCACGAAGCGCCAAACGCGAGAUGGGCGCUGGAAAGGUCCACCCGAGCAAUGCUACUCCGACAUCCCCAACUCGACCCCGCUGGCGACGGCUAUGCGGCGCAACCCGCCGCGAUACAACGGUCUUUGGCGUCAUCUACCCCCACAGCCUUUUUCAUACACUGUGGAGUGCUGUGAACCUCGCACUCGUGGCGUAUGUCUGUGCCUGCGUGCCGUACGUCUCCAGCUUUUACUCGCUCGCGGAGUACCAAGCCAGCGACUGGGUCCUCUUCGACGCGAUCUCGGAUGCGCUCUACGGCCUCGACAUUCUCAUUCGCUUUCGAACCGCGUACAUGGACCCCAAGUCUGGUGACGUGGUCGCGGACCCCGACGGAUUGCCACGCGGUAUCUACGCGGGUGGUUUGCCUUUGACGUCACAGUUCCCGCGCAUCCUUCGCGUCUUUCGCCUUGUCCGCAUCGCCAAAGUGCUGCGCGUGCUCCGGAUCCAAUCGCUCAUUGACUUUUGCGAGGACCAGUUCAAUAUCAACCGCAACUACAUUGUGGUCUCCAAAUUACUGCUGACCAUCGUGCUCGUGGCCCACUUUACAGCCUGCGGCUUUUACGCGCUCGGAACCACCGCCAACGAGCAAUAUGCGGCCGGGCUCCUCAGCGGCGACCCGACCUCGUCCUGGAUCGCGUACGCUACGUUCACCAAAAAGAUCUGGAAAUUGUCGUAUUCCAAGCCCGAAAUGUACACGUCGACGCUCUAUUUUGCCUUUACGAUGAUGGCGACGGUCGGGUUUGGCGACUUUACCCCGAUUACCAUCAAUGAACGCAUUUACACCAUGUUUGGCAUGGUCCUCUCGGCCGGUACCUACGCGUUUAUGAUUGCGAGCGUCUCGUCGAGCGUCGCGUCGAUGAACGUGACCAAAAAUCGCUAUUUCGAACGCCUCAAUGAGCUCAAUGCGUACAUGGAGUCCCGGGAGCUGCCCGCGCCACUCGUCCUGCGGACAAGGCGGUAUUACCGCUAUUUUCUCCAGCACAAGACUGUGUACGACGAAAGCCGGAUCCUCAGCGACCUCUCGACGACGCUACGCGAAGAAAUCACCGAGCACUACAUUCACAUGACGAUCAAAAACAUUGCGUUUUUCCACGAUGUCCCCAAAGGCUUUACCGCUUUUGUCGCGAUCCACCUCAAACCGCUCUUCUUGCCGCCACACUCGAUUGCGCUCAAGAUGGGCGACGAUGCAAGUGAAAUGUUCAUUGUCGCCCGUGGCAUUCUCCAAGUCUACGAGCCCAUUGUGGCCAAGGACGGGUCGUCCGCCGGCGACAUUGAGAUUUCUCUCAUAUCGGACGGCGAUCAUUUUGGGGAAAUGGCGCUGCUGCUCGAAGAGCAACAGAAUCUACGGUCCGCCAGUGUCCGCGCCAAAAUCUACUGUGAGCUGCAUGCGCUCGACUACAAGAAGCUGCAAACCGGCCUCGCGCGAUACCCGUCCGCGAUGGACAAGCUCAUGCGGGAUGCCCUGCGGCGCAAAAUUUUGCUCACGAAUCUUCGAUCGACCAAGAUCUCGACCCUCCUCGCCAGCUCCCCCAGUACCAAGCAGUACACGCCGAGCCAGCGCCGGAGCUCCAAGGUCCUCCCGACCAACCAAGAUGCGAGCGACGACGGAGGUCCAUCGUUGGACGAGGGCUGCGACGUCGGCUUCAAGGACAGCGAGCGUUGGAUCUUGUACCCCAGCCACCGGUUCCGCGUCGUAUGGGAUGCUGUCAACCUCGUCUUGCUCGCCUACGUGUGCACCGUCGUGCCGUACGUCUCGAGCUUUUACUCGGUCGCGGACUAUCAAGUGAGUCAGUGGGUGAUUGCCGACAACAUCACCGACAUGUUGUACGCAUUGGACAUUAUCAUUGUGUUUCGCUCGGCUUACAUUGAUUCCAAGACGGGCGACGUCGUGUCGAGUCCGCGCAAGAUAGCCUGCAUGUACGUCCGUGGCUGGUUCGGCUUUGAUUUGUUUGCGACGUUCCCUUGGGACACGGUGGUUCGUGCGCUCUGGGCCGCGGAAACACAUGCGACGCAGCUGCCGCGGCUCUUGCGCGUGCUUCGCCUCACGCGCAUCGCCAAAGUGCUUCGAGUGCUCAAGGUGCAACGAUUUGUGGAAUUUUGCGAAGACAAGUUGAACAUCAACCGCAACUACAUUGUGGUCUCGAAGCUACUCUUGUGCAUUUUAUUCGUCGCGCACUUUACGGCCUGUGGCUUUUACUUUAUCGGGACGACCAUGAACGGCGACUAUGCGACCGGCAUGGCGGCCCACGAUCCGUCCACGUCUUGGAUUGCGUACGCCACCUUUGCGAAACACAUUUGGCAGACAACCUACUCCAAGCUCGACAUGUACAUUUCGUCGCUCUACUUUGCCUUUACAAUGAUGGCGACCGUGGGCUUUGGCGACUUUGUACCCGUGACCAUCACGGAGCGCAUGUUUACGAUUGUCGGCAUGGUGGUGUCGGCGGGUACCUACGCCUUUAUGAUUGCGAGCGUCUCGUCGAGCGUCGCGUCGAUGAACGUGACCAGAAAUCGGUAUUUCGAACGCCUCAAUGAGCUCAAUGCGUACAUGGAGUCGCGUGGCCUCCCUGGGCCGCUGCAACUCCGCACGCGACGCCGCAUCCUCGAAGACCUCUCGUCCUCGCUGCGCGAAGAAAUCACCGACCACUACAUUCGCAUGACGAUCAAAAACAUCACGUUCUUCCAAGAUGUACCCAAGGGCUUUACGGCCUACAUUGCAGUCUACUUGAAGCCACUCUUCCUCUCGCCCCACUCGACCGUCCUCAAGAUGGGCGAGUAUGGCAGUGAGAUGUUCAUCGUGGCGCGUGGCGUUCUUCAAGUGUUUGAGCCAACGCACACACCAGAUGGCGAGGAAGCUGACGACAUUGAAAUUGCGUUUUUAUUCGACGGCGACCACUUUGGCGAGAUGGCGCUGCUGCUCGAGGAGCAGAAAGGAAAGCGCACGGCGAGCGUCCGUGCCAAAAUCUACUGUGAGCUCCACGGUCUCGAGUACAAGCAUCUGCAGACGGGUCUCACGCGGUACCCGUCGGCGAUGGACAAGCUCAUGGGUGUUGCGCUGCAUCGAAAAUGCCUCGUGACCAACCUCCGCAAGACGAAGAUCACCAACCUCAUCACCAACGUGCAGAAGAAAACCAUCGACAAACGAUUCAAGAAACUGGCCGCCGAGAAGCGCUUCCAGCGCGACCCAACGUCGACGUGGGGUCUCCCCCGCCUCUUCAAGCGUUAG